AUGGCGCAAAGCGCAGUGGGAUCGUAUUCAAACCCACUCAAAAAAUUCAAGCUUGUAUUCUUGGGGGAACAGAGUGUUGGCAAGACCUCCCUAAUAACCCGGUUCAUGUACGACUCCUUCGACACCACCUACCAGGCAACCAUCGGCAUCGACUUUCUCUCCAAAACCAUGUACCUCGAAGAUCGCACGGUCCGCCUCCAACUGUGGGACACAGCCGGGCAAGAACGCUUCCGGUCCCUUAUCCCCUCGUACAUUCGUGACUCGUCCGUCGCUGUCGUGGUCUACGAUAUCUCUUCUCGCAAAACCUUUGAGCAAACACGCAAGUGGAUCGAUGAUGUAAGAGGGGAACGAGGAAACGAUGUGAUUGUGGUCCUUGUCGGCAACAAGACAGAUCUGGGCGACUCGAAGAGAGAGGUCACCACGCAACAAGGAGAAGAGGAGGCCAAGAGAGCUGGCGCCAUUUUCAUGGAGACCAGCGCAAAACUGGGCCACAAUGUCAAGGCGCUUUUUAGGAGAAUAGCGCAGGCCUUGCCAGGCAUGGAAGGCGAAGGGGAGCAGCAGCCAAAUCCCCAAAUGAUUGACGUGUCAAUAAACAACCAGAAACCAGCCGAGGAAGGCUGCGCUUGUUGA